AUGUACACCAAGCAGAUCGCCUCCGCCGUCGCGGCCCUGAGCUUCGUCUCUGGCGCCGUCGCUGUUGGCUGCAGUGAUCCUACCGCUACCAUCCGGUCUCCGGCUGAUGCCACCGCCAUUGCCAAGUGCGGUGACAUCGAUGGAAGCAUCCUCAUCAGCAAGGACUUCUCUGGUGACGUCAACUUGGGUGCCCUCGAGAAGAUUGGUGGUGACCUCAUUGCUCUCGACAACCCGAACAUCACCUCCCUGACGGCUAGCUUCCUCGGCGAGAUUGGUGGUGCUCUGCAGCUCAAGAACCUUAUCUCCAUGAGCAGCCUGCAGCUCCAGAGGCUCUCGACCGUUGACACAAUCGAGUGGGUUACCCUCCGCAGACUCACUGGUGCGACCUUGGGCACGCCCGGUAUCACCAAGGCCUCGUCCGUCCUCGUCGCCGAUACCACCAUCAAGAGCCUCGACGGCAUCAACGUCGACAACCUGUCCUUCCUUAACCUGAACAACAACCGUGACAUUGUCACCUUCAAGACCAACAUCAAGACCAUCAGCGACCAGGUCAUCAUCGAUGCCAACGGUCUCAAGAUGCAGAUGGAGAUGCCCAACCUGAUCUGGGCCGCCAACAUGACCAUCUCCAACGUCACCACCUUCAGCGCCCCUGCCCUCAAGACUAUCAACGGCUCCGCCAGCUUCAGCUCCAACUACUUCACUUCCGUCACGUUCCCCAACCUUACGAAGCUCGAGGAGGGUACUUUCUCGUUCAUCAGCAACCCUCAGCUCAAGAACCUCACCAUGCCCCUCCUGACCGACAUUGGCGGUGGUUUCAUUGUUGCCAACAACACCGCCCUGUCCCAGAUCAACGGCUUCAGCAAGCUCGAGAACAUUGGUGGUGCCAUCGCUCUCCGUGGCUCUUUCGAGAACUUCACCUUCCCCGCCCUUGACGACGUCCGCGGUGCCGCCGAGAUCACCUCCACUGAGGAUAUCAAGUCCUCUUGCGACAAGUUCCAGGCUGACAAGGGCAGCGAGGUCCAGGGUGGCAUCAGCUGCGUGGCGGAGAACGCCAGCGCCAACGAGAACACUGGCGAGGGCGGCAGCGGAAACAGCACCAGCGGCAACAGUGGCAACGGCAACAGCGCUGGUGCUUUCAUUGGCGUCAACAUGGCCACCGUCCUCGGCCUUGGUGCCGUCGGUGUCUUCUACACUGCCUUCUUGUAA